AUGUCAUCUAACCACGAUCGUCAUAGCCAUCGAAUCUCUAAUCACACAAAACAGCUGAAUGUUCCUUCCAAUCCCCCGGUAUGGACUAAACCGGCCGCCUCAUUAGCGGCGCCAAACGAAACUAUCCCCGUCAGUCGCUUCUGCGCCUCACAUCUCCCCGACUACGAAGGCGAACUGGUGUUUGUUACGGCACGCGAAUGCCGAGACAUUACCCCAGAGGAAGCCUCGUCAUAUAUCCUCGGGUACACCGUCGGCAAUGACCUUUCCUGCCGCUUCUUCCAGCUCCCCGAACAAUCCGGCGGCCAGUUCUUCUACGCAAAAGCCUUUGAUAAGUUUGCACCCAUAGGACCGGUCCUUGCGAGCCCGCAUAUCUUUCACAAGGCCAAAGCAACGGCGAGCCUAGUUACCCGCGUUAAUGGAGAAGUGAGGCAAAACACUGUCAUCCAAAACGACAUGAUCUGUUCUCCGGAACGAGUGUUGAGCUGGAUGAGCCAAAGCACCACAAUCCCAGCGUAUACGGUCGUGAUGACCGGGACCCCGGCGGGGGUGGGCGUAUUCCAGAAACCUCGUCAGCUUCUCAACAAUGGGGAUGAGAUCGAGAUUGAAGUCACUGGAUUGGGCAAACUGAAGAACAAAGUCGUUUUUGAGGAAGGGCAGGAUUCUAUCUUGUGA